AUGGACGAUUUUCCAUGGGAUCAGGUACAAUCUGGUAAUCUGGAGAGCCUGAUUGUCGUUCUCUUUUCGAGUUCGACAUCUCUCAGAAUUCGUGCUCUCCAGGAACUUCGCGAGAGAAUCGGGUCGGAUCUCCCACAACAAACCCGUGAACCUCUCCUUGGGCUCCUCUUCAAGACCUAUCCUCUCUAUGUCGAUCGUCCCUCUCGCCAAGCCGUCCAGCAAUGUCUCCGCUCGCUUCUCAAGGCUCCCGUCCCGACCGACAACCUGAAAUAUCUCACACAAAGGCUGCAAGCUGAGGCAUCCAAACCUGCAUUGGCGCCCGCUUCUGCACUUGUGUUGCUGGAAUGGUGCUCAGUUACCUUUCAGGCUCUGAGCAAUGAUCCUGAAAUACCGCUCUCAACUGUUUUGGACGUCAUUGCGGCGGAUGCAAAGCUAUUUGAGACCUGUUUGGCGUCGGGCCCCAGACUGCCAGUGAAACAAUCGGCUCUGAGAGUCACGAGGCGUGCUCUACGGGCCGUUUUCUCGUCCGACACAUGGGGCGACGAUGCCAUCCGCCAGUCUAUUCGUCGAUUGACUAGCGAUGCGACUUCAGGACAGAAGAACUCACCCUUUCUAGGUGUCAUCUCCGGCGUGUGCGCCCGUCUUCCGACCAAAAGGCCUAUCUUGGAGGAGGAAAAGAAGUCGAUUAUCACUUUCUAUGUCAAGGAAUUAGUUGGAUCGAAAUCGGUGCCGCCGGCUCACAUUGCAGAUGCUCUCUCCGACUUUUUCGUCUCCUUCGUUUCCUACGAGGAUGUGAUGUCCGAUAUAGUACCGCCAUUGGAGAAAUCCAUUCUGCGUUCCCCCGAAGUAGUCCUUAGUGGGCUUGUGCCUUCACUGUGCUCUUCACUGCCCGAACAGAUGGACUUAUCAGAGAUGCUGCAUGCAAAGCUGUUGAAACACCUCCUCUCCAACAUGAAGUCGAACAAUCCAGCCAUAAGGCAGGGUGCUGUCCAGUCGUUCAAGUCGUUGCUCUCACGAUCCAAGACUGAGAGCCUACUUCUUAAAGUCACAAGCGAAGUUGUCGGUCCUUUGAAGACCCAGAAAAUCACGAACCCAGAGCAGCGCGCCGCCUACGCUCAGGCACUCGCUGCUACGCUGCCUUCUACAGAUAUCUCGAAGGAGGUAGUCCAGGGGUUUGUUCCUGUAUUCACACGAGAAUCCAACGAAGCUGCACUGGAACAGGGAAUCAAAGCAUUUAGUAAACACCUUGCAUUCCUCGUCCAAAACAAGGUAAAGGCCAGCGACGAUGUCGUGAACGCCAUCGUGAAGGGAGUUGCAGAAAAGAGAAUUCCAUUCCGAAAGCUUUGGCAGCUCAACGUCGGAGAUUUGCUCUGGAAUGCCGAUGCCGCAGCCCUGGUUAGUGCUGAGGUUGAGCCGUUUGUGACUAAAUUUAUGAGUAAAAUGAAGGACCUCUUCAACGAGGUGUCUUCUAACCCCUUACCGUCGGCUCAAAGCGGCUCGUUGUCAACAGCCUAUAUCUUUCUCGCACUUGCUGAGCGCUUAUCUACGGUACAAGGCUUCGACAAGGCCGUAUGGGAAGAUUUGGUGGCCCAGAUGAUGGUGCUGAGCCCAAAGCCAUCUCUACUUCUAAACCCCAAAGCCUACUCAAAGUUAACCACUCAAGCAGAGGCCGAAUGGGUUACCAGGACGCUUGCAGCUGUUUCCUCUGGAGCUACAUUCGAGAGCACAGAAGACGCAGCUAAGCUCGCGUGGGGUCAGGCUUUUAUCUAUGCUAUCACCAUUCCCGGCCUCCAUUCAAACUUCAGAGAACAUUCCGCUAGUGUGCUGUCUGGAAUCCAUAUUAGGCGUGUAGGAUUCAUUGGUCGCAUCAUCACAAAUGCUUUAUGGGCUUGGAUACUUUCUCUGAGAACUGGCGAGAAAGAAUCUGCGCCGGUUUCUGCAGGACCCGAAAGCCUGAGGUUCCUUCAUUUGGUUUCAAGAGCCAUUUGUCCACCUGCUUCAAGCCUCCAGGACUCGGAGGGAGUCGCUUUAGAAUUGAAAAACCAGCUUUUGGAGCUCAUCGUCAUUUGCCGCCCAGAGCUGAUACCCAGUGUUUCCUGGAUUGCGCUAUGCCUGAGAACUGGCAUUGACCCUGGCAAUCUCGUCCGCGAAUUUCCCGAUGAGUCUAUGAAUCAACUGACUCGGGUACAUGAAGAUCCAGUACAGUCCAGGGUUCCUGAGGUAGAUGCUGCUAUCUGGAGCGCAGCCGGAGAAUUGGCUUUCGUGGCACCUGACGUUAUGGUUCCCCGGCUCGUGGCCCAAAUCAAAGAUGACUUGGAUGUCUCUCGAGUAUCCAAGUUCACUCCAACCGACGUUGCCAUCGCUCGGACCCCAGAAGGCACCAUGUUCGUUGAUGUUCUUAGCACUAAGUCCAAGUCGGCUUUCGACAAGAACACCAAAGACUAUGACAUUCUCAAGUGGGAAGAGGAGUUACGAGCACAAUUGGCAGAAAAAACGGGUCAGAAACAGAAGAAACUGACUGCGGAUGAGCAGUCUAAAGUCAAAGCCCAACUUGCAAAGGAGUCGAAGAUUCGUGAAGAAGUCCUGCGGGAAGUGAAAAGGAUCGAAAGAGGCGCUGGAAUUAUGCGAGGUCUUGCAAGUAAUCCGGCAGUCGAAGCGGAUGGCUGGAUUAAUACUGCUGUGGGCUCUCUGCUGUCUCUUGUGCAGGCUGGUGCAGGCUUAUUUGCUGGCGAUGUCGUCUCCAGAGCCUAUCUUAAGUGCGCGGAGAAGAUAUCUUCGCGUCUGGGCCCUUUGCGGCCCUUUGUGGGUGUUGCGACCCUGCGAGCACUUGGCAAGAGCCAACUUUCUCCUGAGAUGGAUGCAGAGCCCCUUGGACAACUUGUAACAAGGAUUCUCUAUCGCAUGCGGUUUGCCUCCGAACAACGCCCUUUUGAUGUCACAUCUCUGGCGUACAUACUUCCCUUAGUUCUCCUUGUUCUUGGUCGGAAUGGAAUUGAUGAAAAAAAGGGAGAGGCAGAAGGUGAACAGGUGCUACUUGCGGUUGAGUUCUUGUCCUUCCAUUCGGGCUCAUUUACCGAUGAUCGUCUUCCUCGUGCUGAAGUCCUAGAUCACUUGCUCACUUCAAUGCAAAAGUAUACCCAGCAUUAUAAGUUGAUUAAAGACACCCUGUUCGAUUUCUGCAGGUGCAUAUCACCCAAAAUUAGCAGCAAUGAACUAGAUAUCCUCCUGAAAGGCGCCAUUGUGCCAGAUACAUCUGUCCGAACCGCGGUACUGCAGGCCAUCGAUGCCGAGAUCGACUUGACUGAUCUAGACUUCUCUGAACACAUCUGGCUCGAAUGCCAUGACCACGUGGAAGAGAAUGCCGAAAUGGCUGAGACAAUUUGGGAAGAUAAUGCACUAGAAGUUGACGACUCCUCGUACGGAAAGAUUAUCCCAUAUCUUGCUUCGAAGGACUCGCAGCUCCGAGGUGCUGCUGCUCGUGCCUUGGCACAUGCCCUUGAGCCCAAUCCAGCUAAGUUUGGUGAGAUCGUUUCGGAACUACAAACUACGUACGAAAGAGAGGCUACGCCUAAAGCGCCUGAGAAGGAUAUGUACGGCAUGCCCAAGAAAAUGGAUAUGUCUGAUCACUGGGAAUUCCGUAGCGGUAUUGCACUGGCUUUCACUGCUAUGACCAAAGGGUUUGAGGGCGAACAGAUUGUCUCUUUCCUCAGAUUCCUGAUCGAAAGAGGGCCUCUUAUUGAUCGAAGCUCUGUGGUCAGAGCUCAGAUGGCGGAUAGCGGCAGAUCUGUCAUCGCCGAACGCGGCAAGUACAAGGUUGAGGAGUUAAUGAAUAUCUUAGAAACAACAUUGGAAACAUCAGACAAGGGAAGUGAAACCUCCGACCUUCUCAAUGAAGCCGUGGUAGUCCUUUAUGGCUCUCUAGCCCGGCAUCUUAAAGCGGACGAUCCGCGUCUGCAAACAGUUAUCAAGAGACUCCUUGCUACUCUUCCGACUCCUUCUGAAUCUGUUCAAUCUGCUGUUUCUGAGUGUCUUCCACCUCUCAUCAGACUGUCAGGCUCUCAAAGUGCGGGAUACGUCCAGGAGAUGCUGGACCAGCUUCUACAGUCCAAGAAGUAUGCCACUCAACGCGGAGCAGCUUAUGGACUUGCUGGCAUUGUCAGCGGGAGAGGUGUAUUCUCCUUACGAGAGUUCCAGAUCAUGUCCCAUCUUCGCGCCGCCACAGAAAACAAGAAGGAACCAAACCAGAGACAAGGUGCUUUACUGGCUUACGAACUGUUUGCGACAAUUCUUGGUCGUACUUUUGAACCAUAUGUUAUUCAAAUCGUACCCCAGCUUCUAGCUAGCUUUGGUGAUCCCAAUGCCGAUGUUCGUGACGCCUGCCUUGAUGCGGCAAAAGCUUGCUUUUCCAAUCUCAGCUCUUAUGGUGUCAAGAAAAUCCUGCCUACUCUUCUCGAUGGUCUUGAUGAUACGCAAUGGCGCAGUCAGAAGGGUGCUUGUGAUUUGCUGGGUGCAAUGGCUUAUCUUGAUCCGCAGCAGCUAGCAGCUAGCUUGCCUGCUAUUAUUCCCCCGCUCACGAUUGUCCUCAAUGAUACGCACAAGGAAGUGCGUAACGCUGCAAAUCGGAGUCUCCAACGUUUCGGUGAGGUAAUCAGCAACCCAGAGAUCAAGAGCCUGGUUAGCGUGCUUCUGAAGGCACUGAGUGAUCCAACAAAGCAUACGGACGAGGCUUUGGAUUCCCUUAUCAAGGUUUCAUUCGUUCAUUAUCUGGAUGCUCCUUCUUUGGCACUUGUUGUUCGUAUCUUGGAGCGUGGUCUUGGCGACAGAUCGAAUACAAAGCGGAAGUCUGCGCAGAUUAUCGGAAGUUUGGCUCAUCUUACCGAGCGCAAAGAUCUCACAUCGCACUUGCCAAUCAUUGUAUCCGGAUUGCAGCUGGCUAUCGUCGAUCCUGUGCCCACUACUCGUGCUACUGCGUCCAAGGCCCUUGGGUCACUUAUCGAGAAGCUCGGAGAAGAUGCUCUUCCCGACCUCAUUCCUAAUCUCAUGUCUACGCUCAAGUCUGAUACGGGUGCCGGUGAUAGAUUGGGAUCUGCUCAAGCCCUUUCAGAGGUUUUGGCAGGCUUGGGUACGACAAGACUCGAGGAGACGCUGCCUACUAUAUUGCAGAACGUCUCCAGCUCCAAACCCGCUGUUCGUGAAGGCUUCAUGACUCUCUUUAUCUUCCUUCCGGCCUGUUUCGGUAACAGCUUCGCUACUUACCUGGGCAAGAUUAUCCCGCCUAUCCUCUCUGGUCUGGCUGAUGAUGUCGACUCCAUCCGCGAAACCUCCCUUAAAGCUGGUCGUUUACUGGUUAAGAACUUUUCUUCCAAGGCUAUUGACCUUCUUCUUCCAGAGCUCGAACGCGGCCUUGCGGACGACAGUUACCGUAUCCGGUUGAGCUCUGUUGAGCUGGUCGGUGAUCUGCUCUUCAGCAUCACUGGUAUCACAGCCAAGGCUGACAGCGAGGACGAGCCAGAAGAAGUUCAUCAAGCCGGACAGUCCUUGUUGGAGAUCCUUGGAGAAGAGAGAAGGAACAGGGUCCUAUCUGCCUUGUUCAUCUGUCGCUGCGAUACCUCGGGUCUUGUUAAGAGCGCAGCAUCGGGUGUUUGGAAGUCGCUUGUUGCAUCUCCUAGGACUCUUAAGGAUAUGGUGCCUACUCUCUCUCAAUUGAUUAUCCGUCGUCUUGGAUCCUCGAACAUGGAGCAGAAGGUCAUUGCCAGCAAUGCACUUGGAGAUCUUAUCAAGAAGGCCGGCGAAACCGUCCUCUCGACUUUGCUUCCUUCUCUUGAGGAAGGUCUCCAAACAUCGCCAGAUGUGGACGUUAAGCAAGGCAUCUGCAUUGCGCUGCGCGAGCUUAUUACCUCUGCAACUGUCGAAGCCCUUGAGGAUUACGAGAAAGUUCUCAUCUCUACCGUUCGGGUGGCUCUCGUUGAUAACGAUGAAGAUGUGCGCGAAGCUGCAGCAGAAGCUUUUGACGCCUUACAGCAAAUUCUGGGCAAGAAGGCUGUCGAUCAAGUUCUGCCUCACCUUCUGCUGCUGUUGAGGAACGAUGAGGAGGCUGAGCAAGCACUGUCGGCACUCUUGACUCUUCUCACCGAGCAAACUCGGGCCAACAUUAUCCUUCCCAACCUUAUCCCGACACUACUCACAUCUCCCAUCUCAUCUUUCAACGCCAAGGCACUUGCCUCCCUUGCCGAGGUGGCAGGCUCUGCGAUGACACGCAGGCUCCCCGCAAUCUUGAACGCUCUGAUGGACAAUAUCAUAUCGGCUACCGACGACUCGCUCCGCGAAGAAUUGGGCAACGCGUUUGAUACUGUCUUGAUAUCUGUGGAUGAAUUUGAUGGCUUGAACGCUGUUGUUAAUGUCAUGCUGUCACUACUGAAGCACGAUGAUCAUCUACGACGUGCUCAAGCAGCAGCCCACCUUACCAAGUUCUUCUCGGAUGCUACAAUCGACUACUCUAGGUACCACCAAGACUUGAUUCGUGUCUUGCUGGUUUCCUUCGAUGACAGCGACAAAGGUGUUGUCAAGGCUGCCUGGACGGCGCUGAGUGGCCUAACCUCCCAUAUGCGCAAAGAGGAAAUGGAGGUGCUGGCUAUCCCCACACGCCAGGCCCUGCGGGGAGUAGGUGUGCCCGGAGCCAACCUUCCUGGUUUCAGCUUGCCAAAGGGUAUCACCGCUAUAUUGCCGAUCUUCCUGCAGGCUCUUCUUAACGGCAGCGUUGAGCAGCGUACACAGGCAGCUCUUGCCAUUGGCGACGUCAUCGAUCGUACUGCAGCAGAUUCCUUAAAACUGUUCGUGACGCAGAUCACAGGUCCUCUCAUCCGAGUGGUGUCUGAACGUUCGGUAGAAAUUAAAUGCGCGAUCUUCUAUACUCUCAAUAAGCUUUUGGAGAAGAUCCCACUUGCUGUCAAGCCAUUCUUGCCUCAGCUACAGCGGACGUUUGCAAGGGGCCUGGCGGACACAACCAGUGAAACUCUGCGCAACAGGGCUGCCAAGGGUCUUGGAGUUUUGAUCACGCUGACUCCAAGAGUGGAUCCCCUUAUUGCCGAGCUUAUUACGGGAACCAAGACCGCCGACGUUGGCGUCAGGAAUGCGAUGAUGAAAGCCCUUCAAGAGGUGGUUGGCAAGGCUGGAGCCAACAUGAGUGAGGCUUCCAAGAACUCUAUCCUUGCGCUCAUCGAUGACGAUGCCAGCGCCCAAACCGUAGAUUCUGUGGCUAUUACGAACGCCAAGCUACUUGGUGCGUUGGUGAAGGUUCUUCCUUCAGCCAGUGCAACCUCUCUUAUCAAGAACCGUGUGCUUACACCACACCUUACGCAUGGAUCGGUUCUAGGACUCAACGCCUUGCUUGUUGAGUGCCCUUCGUCUUUGACUGAGAAUUUCGGCGCCGAAACGCUGUCGGUCAUCUGUCAGGGUGUUACGAAUAAGGAUACAUUCAUUGCCGACAACAGUGUUCUGGCGGCUGGAAAAUACCUAUUAGUCGAAGAUGAACACCGCAAUUUCGAGAAUAACAAGGCUAUCUUCGAAGCUUUGGCACCGUGCAUUCAGCCGGGCGCGCCCUCUGACACGCGUCGUUUAGCACUGGUUGUUAUGCGGACGGUCAGCCGACUUCAUCCGGAGUUAACUCGGCCUCAUCUGUCUCUGCUUGCACCCCCGAUCUUCGCCAGCGUUCGCGACGUUGUCAUUCCCGUGAAAUUGGCGGCCGAGGCUGCCUUUUUGGCUAUCUUCUCGGUCGUGGAGUCCGAGAGCGCUGUGUUUGAUAAAUAUAUGGCUGGGGCCGGGGCCGAACUUGCCCCGGGACCUAAGCGGAGCAUGUCGGAUUACUUCAAGCGAGUUGCGCUACGUCUGGCUAAUCAAUCUCGGGAACGCAAGGAAGCUGAAGGUGGCCAAGGAGGCCUGGGUCUGUCCAACGACGAAGUGGAUGAUGAGAAAGAAGUGGUCAACCUUCGCACCCAGAAGCGCCUGGCCGCCUCCGUGGUGGGCUGCGGCAAGCGCAAGAUUUGGCUCGACCCUAAUGAGAUGAAUGAGAUCUCCAACGCCAACUCCCGUCAGACCAUCCGCAAGCUCGUCAGCGAUGGCCUCAUCAUCCGCAAGCCCGUCACCAUGCACUCCCGCUCUCGUGCCCGUGAGCUCAACCUCGCCCGCAGAGAGGGCAGACACCGUGGUCUGGGUAAGCGUAAGGGUACCAAGGAGGCCCGUAUGCCCAGGUAUGCAGUUGGACCCUACUCCUUUCGUCGCUGCCAGAUCCUCUGGAUGCGCCGCAUGCGUGUUCUCCGUCGCCUCCUCGUCCGCUACCGUGCUGCUGGCAAGAUCGACAAGCACCUUUAUCACGAGCUCUACCACCUGAGCAAGGGUAACACCUUCAAGCACAAGCGCGCUCUUGUUGAGCACAUCCAAAAGGCCAAGGCUGAGAGACACCGUGAGCGUGUUCUCAAGGAGGAGAUGGACGCUAAGCGUGCCAAGAACAAGGCUCUCCGUGAGAGGCGUCAGGAGCGUCUCGAGGCUAAGCGCAAUGCUCUGGCCGGCGAGGCCCAGGAGUAA